AUAAAACGCAUGUAUUCUGAACAGAAAGUCGUCUACGUAAAUCAAGCACAGCCUAGCAAUGUGGUGGUUGUUAGGAACGACCCUCCCCCGGUUCGUACUAUAGCACCGCCCCCACCAACAACCGUCGUUUAUGCACAACCAGCACCACGAACUGUGAUCCUCUCCCAACCUCCCACCACGUCAACCAUAGUUUAUCAUCAACAAAGGCAUUAUUACUGA